AUGGCUGCCGGACUAUCUACCAAAAUCAAAGUCAAGAACCCCAUCGUCGAGCUCGACGGCGACGAGCAGACCCGAAUCAUCUGGCAAUUCAUCAAGGACAAGCUCAUCCUCCCCUACCUCGACAUCGACCUCAAGUACUAUGACCUAGGCAUCGAGUACCGCGACAAGACCGACGACAAGGUCACCACCGACGCCGCCGAGGCCAUCCUCAAGUACUCCGUCGGCGUCAAGUGCGCGACCAUCACCCCCGACGAGGCCCGCGUCGAGGAAUUCGGCCUCAAGAAGAUGUGGCUCUCCCCCAACGGCACCAUCCGCAACAUCCUCGGCGGCACCGUCUUCCGCGAGCCCAUCGUCAUCCCCGCCAUCCCCCGUCUCGUCCCCGGCUGGUCGGAGCCCAUCAUCAUCGGCCGCCACGCCCACGGUGACCAGUACAAGGCCACCGACGUCGUCCUCCCCGGCGCCGGCAAGCUCGAGCUCACCUUCACCCCCGCCGACGGCUCCGCCCCCACCUCCACCACCGUCUUUGACUUCAAGGGCCCCGGCAUCGGCCUCGCCAUGUACAACACCGACGACUCCAUCCGCGGCUUUGCCUACGCUUCCUUCGCCCUCGCUCUCCAGAAGAACUACCCGCUCUAUAUGUCCACCAAGAACACCAUCCUCAAGCGCUACGACGGCCGCUUCAAGGACAUCUUCCAGGAGAUCUACGACGCUGAGUUCAAGGACAAGUUCGAGGCCCAGGGCAUCUGGUACGAGCACCGUCUCAUCGACGACAUGGUCGCCCAGAUGAUCAAGUCCAAGGGUGGCUUCAUCAUCGCCAUGAAGAACUACGACGGUGAUGUCCAGUCCGACAUCGUCGCCCAGGGCUUCGGCUCCCUCGGUCUCAUGACCUCCGUCCUCGUCACCCCCGACGGAAAGACCUUCGAGUCCGAGGCCGCCCACGGCACCGUCACCCGCCACUACAGAGAGCACCAGAAGGGCCGCGAGACCUCCACCAACUCCAUCGCCUCCAUCUUUGCCUGGACCCGCGGUAUCGAGCAGCGUGGAAAGCUCGACGAGACCCCCGAUGUCAUUGAGUUUGCCAAGCUUCUCGAGGCUGCCACCAUCGACACCGUCAACGUCGACGGCAUCAUGACCAAGGAUCUUGCUCUUGCUCAGGGCAAGAAGGAGCGCUCCGCCUAUGUCACCACUGAGGAGUACAUCGACGCCGUCGCUGCCCGUCUCCAGAAGGCUUACGAGGAGAAGGCCAAGAUCUAA